UAAUUAAAAACAACAAACACAGCUAAAUUUUCUUAAUAACAUCUACAUUUUAAAAAGUCAGGGUGGCAGGUAAUAAGUGGAGGAGAAGAAUGUUUCUUUCUCUUCCUGUGUUGACUGUCCUUAUUCCAUUGGUCUCUUUAGCAGGACUGUUCUACUCGGCCUCUGUGGAAGAAAACUUCCCACAGGGCUGCACUAGCACAACCAGCUUGUGCUUUUACAGCCUGCUUUUACCCAUUACCAUACCAGUUUAUGUGUUCUUCCACCUUUGGACUUGGAUGGGUAUUAAACUCUUCCGGCAUAAUUAAUGCAACCAGAGCCAAAAUGGUACAUACAUUAAUGCUGUGUCGAAUGUCUAUAACUGAAAGUUCAGCUGCAUGGAACUACCAGGGACACGCCUAAUUUGCAAGAAAGAUGCUAUACCUUGCUUCUGUCAGAGACUUAGGACUAUGGGACGCUUAGGCUGUAGAAGCUUCUUUUAUUGUACUUUGGUUCUGCUCUUGUUUUUUGAAAGUUCUAACUUGUAACUGCUAAAUCAAAAGAAAUAUUUCAACAAAGUGUGUUGUUUUAAAUUACAGCCCCAACCAUCAUCUGAUGAUUUUAUUUCUCAUCCCAUUCAUCUAAAAGUUAAUUUGCAAUUUUGUGUUUAUUUUAGAAUCAAAGUCUUUGGUAAAGUCACAUGUUACAGAUAACUGAAAUAAUUCCACAGGAGCUCUGUUGGAAUAGUUGGAGAGAAAUGCAUUUGAACGAGUGUAUAUAAAACUACAAUAAAGUGGAAAUUUCAUGGACUUGCAGAA